GAAGGACAAUGGAGUACGAUUACGGUUCAAACAAAAAGGAGCAUCCAGAGCCAUGCAAUCUAGAUGUCACUGGAUCUAUUCCAGACUGGCUCGAAGGCACUCUAAUACGCAAUGGUCCAGGUAUUUUCUCUGUGGGUGAGACCUCCUACAGCCACUGGUUUGAUGGAAUGGCAUUGAUGCACAGUUUUACAAUUCAAAAUGGUCACGUGAGUUACAGAAGCCGGUAUCUCAGAGGAGACACCUACAAGGCCAACAUGGAGGCCAAGAGGAUAGUUGUGUCUGAGAUGGGCACAAUGGCGUAUCCAGACCCAAGGAAAAACAUCUUUUCCAAGGUCAUUACCUUCCUCAACCACGCUGUCCCAGACUUCACAGAUAAUUGUGGAAAUAACAUCAUACGAUACGGAAACGACUACUACGCCACCUCUGAAACUAACUACAUCAGGAAGAUCAACCCAGUAACCCUGGAAACACUGGACAAGGUGGACUACCUCAAAUUCCAACCACUGAACUUAGUGUCAUCGCAUCCACAUUAUGAUAAAGAGGGCAAUACGUACAACAUGGGCACCACCAUCGCAGACAAGGCCAAGACCAAGUACUCAAUAAUCAAGAUACCAGCAGCUACCCAAAAAGAGAAUGGCGAGCCUGUCCUGAAGAACAUGGAGGUGAUCUGUUCAAUGCCCUGCCGCUCCCUUUUGACCCCCAGCUAUUAUCACAGCUUUGGUAUGACAGAGAACUACUUCAUCUUCAUCGAGCAGCCCUACAAACUGGACAUCCUAAAAAUGGCCACGGCCUACCUCAGGGGCGUGAACUGGGCCAGCUGCCUGAAGUUUCAUCCAGAGGACAAUACUCUGAUUCACCUCAUUGAUCGGAAGACAAAUAAGGAAGUGGCGACCAAGUACUACACUGGUGCCACGGUCGUCUACCAUCAUGUAAAUGCAUUUGAAGAGGACGGCCAUGUGGUGGUCGACGUGAUCGCCUAUGACGACAACAGCCUGUACGACAUGUUUUACCUCGACGAGCUCAAGAAAAAAACAGAAAACCCAGGGUCAUCAAACAAAGCCUACAGCUCACCAAGUUAUAAGAGAUUUGUUCUACCCGUCGCAGACAAGGACUCUGAAGUUGGAGCGGAUUUAGUAAAGCUGAAAUACACUACUGCCAGUGCUGUGAAAGAGAAAGACGGGAAGCUUCUCUGCCAGGCAGAGGUUAUGUGCAAAGGUGUUGAGCUGCCAAGGAUGAACUAUGAUUACAACGGAAAGAAGCACAGAUUCGUCUACGUCACAGGGGUGGAGAUGUCAGCUGUUGCCACAAAGAUUAUCAAGAUUGAUGUUGAGACAAAGAAAACACAAGAGUGGACGGCAGAUAACUGCUGGCCUUCAGAAGCUGUUUUCAUUGGCCGGCCAAAUGCAACCGAAGAAGACGAUGGUGUACUACUGAUAUCAGUGAUCAACACAGCGCCAGGUGAACGUGGAUUUUUACUUGUUCUGGAUGCACAAACUUUGAAAGAAAUUGCUCGGGCACCUGUCACUGGAGAACUGCACAUGGACAUGCAUGGACAAUUCAUUCCUAAGGACUGUUGAAAUAGCUGUUGACAGAAAUGUCUGAUCAAUGUCUACCGUGAUACUGUAUCAGAUCAGAUUGUGUAUCAGAUUGUGUAAAUGUGUUGUAAAUGAGUGUUUUAUAUGAAACUGAAAUGUUCAGCCUGAUAUCCAAGAUUUUGGAUAUGUUUUUAUUUUUAUUUUGCACAUACUUUUUUUAGGCCUAACCUUUGACAAAUGUCAAACACUGAGUUGCUAAAAGAGACUAUCACUGCAGCAGGAAGGGGCAGAAAAGACAAGAUCCCUCCUUUUGAAAUUUCCAACCAUGUGCAACUGUUGCACACUGAGGAAGGCACACACUGGGAAAAAAAACACUUGAUGCAAGGUGUGCCCUUUUCUGUUGAGAUUGAAUUCUGUUGUGUUUUAUUUGGACCAGCACCCUCAAAAUAAUUAAGGAACUCUAGGUGAAGCCUACUACCUGCCAUAAUUGAGUUCAUCUAGUAUGUAACAGUACAGAGUAACUGCCUGAAAUUGCAAUUUAUCUGGUGGAUCAAUGAUCAAAUGCAUAACUGCAAUCUGAGUCAGAUUCAAAGAUUUGGCAGCAUAGGCCUACGCAAUAAGGUCAUCAAAGCUGGCAUGUUAUAAUGUAUUUGUUAACAAAAAUGACAAGAUGUAUCCUAUAGGUUUUCAGGGCACCUAUAUCUGAAUCGGCAUUCAUGUCCUAUCCAUUGAAAAGUUCAAAUCAUUGAAUCCGAUGCAUUGUUGUCAAAGAUUGUUGUCAAAGAGUCUCCAAACAAUAUUAAAAUUGUGAAUGUGAAAUAUGGAAACAUUUGCUUUCUUCACAAUGGAAUAAAACUGUGUUCCAUUG